AUGGCUUUACAAAACUGGCCUUAUGCCAAUGAGGCAAACAAGACAAACGAGGCAAACAUCAGAGUUCUACUGCAGCGGUCCCACAACAUCGUGGCUCCAUUCCUAUUGGCAUUCUUGGGUGCGGAUGAUGACGAGUCCCUGACCGACGGCGAAGACCUCCUCCUACUCCUUGGUGAUGAGCUGGAGGAAGAUGACGAAGACGACGCAUCCUGGGAAGAGGACUUCUCCUCUUCUUCGGAAGAAGAAGCUAAUUCCUCCUCAACCGAGGAGGAUUCAGUAGCAGGAAACUUCCUCCUUGGCGGAUCGUCGGAAGAUGAUGACGACGAUGAUGACGAAGAAACCGAAGACAACAACGGCUUCACCACCACCAGCAGCAGCGGAGACGAUGGUAGCGACGUCGACGGCAGCGGCGGCGAUAGCGACGUCAGCAGGGCUCCACCAACCAAGCGCCACAAGACCUCCGGCGUCUACUGGUGGUAG